AUGGCAGAACCACAAGCAUCUCCAAAAUCACAAUCAACACCAUACCCAAGUAACUUUGCCCCCGCAUACCGUUAUAAGUCAAAUCCACCACCAGAACCAAAACCAGCACCAAUACUAAAACCAAUUCCAAUUUCACCAACAAUACCAAACUCACCAUACCCAUACACUUUUGUUCCAUCAUACAAAUAUCAAAAGGUUUCAACAUCUACACCAUUAUCAACAACAACCCAAUCAGAAACCAGUUCAUCUUCAAGUUUUAACUUAUCUGAGCGUAUUAAAAUUGAAAAUGAAUUAAAGACAAAUCAAUAUAACGAAUUUUUAAAUGAAAAUUUUCAAAUAAAAUCAAAAUCAGAAAAUGAAACUAUCAAUUUAAGUGAGGAUUCAGAAAUAUUAAAGCAACAACUUGGUUAUUAUAUUAUAGUAGAACAAUUUAAAUCUCAAAUUAAUCAAUUAAAAGAAGAAUUAAAAUCAGUAAAACAAGAAAAAGAGCAAAUGAAUCAAACUAAAAAUGAUAUUGAUACUGAUCAGCUUAUUAACCAAAUAAAUAAAUUAAAUGAACAAAAUAAAGAAUUAAUAGAUCAGUUAGAAAUAUUAAAAGAACAAUUGGCUCAAUCUAAUAACCAAGAUCAAAUUAAUCAGCUAAAUAAUGAAAACAAUCAAUUAAAAGAUCAAUUAGAAUCAUUAAAACAAAAAGAUAGAGAUAAAGAGGAAUUAUUAAAUGAAAUUGAAAAAUUAUUAAAUCUUGAUAAUAAAGAAAUAUUAGAUCAAAAAGAUUCUCUUUAUAAUAAUAAUCAAAAUGAACAAUACGACAAAGCUGAAUAUGAAAAUCAAAUUAAACAAUUAAAAGAAGAAUUAGAAUCACUUAAAGACAAAAGAACUGAAGAAAUUAACCAAUUGAAUGAAGAAAAUAAUCAACUAAAACAUCAAUUAGAAUCAUUAAACAAUCCUCUUCAAAACAACUCCCAAUAUGAAAAUGACAUCGAUCAACUAAAAGAAGAACUGGAAUCAUUGAAGAAACUACAAGAAAAAGAAAAGCAAAACAUGCAUCAAAAAUUUUCAUCCCAAAUUAACCAACUAAAUAAUGAAAACAAUCGUCUAAGAGAAAUAAAAAAAUUAAAACUACGUUUAUCAAAUUAA